UGGCGGGGAGGAGGAGCUGGUCUGCAAGCUGCGGAGCUGACAGCUGGAGCGAGCGGUGUGUGCACGGUUCGCACAGCACCCCAUCCGCCCGUGACCAUGAUAGUGUUUGUCAGGUUCAACUCCUGCCAUGGCUUCCCUGUGGAGGUCGACUCAGACACCAGCAUCUUCGAGCUCAAGGAGUUGGUUGCUAAGCAACAGGGGGUUCCAGCCGACCAGUUACGUGUGAUUUUUGCAGGGAAGGAGCUUAGGAAUGAUUUGACACUGCAGAACUGCGACCUGGAGCAGCAGAGUAUCGUCCAUGUAGUGCGGAGAAUAAAAGAUGGAGGUCAGGAAGUGGGAGAGGCUACUCCUGCCAAGCUUGCCACGACUGUGGGUAGCUUGUGUAGAGAACCCAAGAGCCUGACCCGUGUGGACCUCAGUAACACCCUCCUCCCAGGCACUGCUGUAGGACUGGCCGUCAUCCUGGAUGAUACCAGCGAGAAUGCUGAUCUGCCACUUGAGCGUUCAGGUUCAGCAGCUCCGUACAAUAGCUUUUACGUUUAUUGCAAAGGCGUCUGCCAAGCGGUUAAACCAGGAAAACUCAGGGUCCGUUGCAGCACCUGUAAACAAGCCACGCUGACCUUGGCCCAGGAGCCUUCUUGCUGGGAAGAUGUCCUGACUCCAAAUAGGAUCAAAGGUGUUUGCCAGUCUCCAGGAUGCAGUGGAACUGUGGCGGACUUUUACUUUAAAUGUGGAGCACAUCCAACCUCUGACAAUGAAACAUCAGUGGCUCUGAACCUGAUUACUACAAACAGUCGCGGUAUCAGCUGCAUAACGUGUACAGACACCAGGAGUCCCGUGCUGGUUUUCCAGUGUACAUACCGUCAUGUCAUUUGCCUGGACUGUUUCCACCUGUACUGCGUGACAAGACUGAAUGAUCGCCAGUUUCUCCAUGACCCUGUGCUCGGCUAUUCCCUUCCCUGUGUGGCUGGCUGUCCUGACUCUUUGAUUAAAGAGCUUCAUCACUUCAGAAUUCUCGGAGAAGAACAGUACACCCGUUACCAGCGGUAUGGUGCUGAAGAGUAUGUCCUGCAGAUGGGUGGAGUUCUGUGCCCCAGCCCAGGAUGUGGGGCAGGCCUGCUUCCUGAUCCAGAUGUGAGGAAGAUACAGUGUGAGGAGACAAAUGGACUGGGCUGUGGGUUUGAAUUCUGCCGUGAUUGUAGAGAAGAGUACCAUGAAGGUGAAUGUAACCCUGUCUUUGAAGCAUCAGGAGCAGAGGCUCAGGGCUACUCGGUUGAUGAGCAAGCAGCAGAACGAGCCCGUUGGGAAGAGGCUUCCAAAGACACAAUCAAGAAAACGACGAAGCCGUGCCCUCAUUGUCAAAUUCCGGUAGAGAAAAAUGGAGGAUGCAUGCAUAUGAAAUGCCCACAGCCUCAGUGCAAAUUUGAGUGGUGCUGGAACUGUGGAUUGGAAUGGAAUCGCAACUGCAUGGGAGAUCACUGGUUUGACUAGACAUGGAGUAAAAUUAAGAGCAGUAAAGCUCUCCACUGGCAAUCUUAAUACUGGGAUUGAGAGCACAAAACAUCUAUAGUUCUGUUGCUAUUUGCUUAGUUUUCUUUCUCCCCUGAAAAAGCUGGUUCAACUGCAAGGGGUUUUUUUCCUAAUAGUCUAUCAGAGAGAAUUAUGGAAGAAAUUCCAUCUUUACAUAUCACUGGAUAGAUUUAUGUAAGUGUUGCAGUAUUGUUUACUGAUGGCAUUUCAACGUGACUGUUACUUCUGUGCCAAAAGGUAGUUGAGUGUAGUUUCAUUUCUUGGUGGAUUUUUUAGACUAGUGUUCCCCUUGAAACUAACUUCCUCUGGCUUCAUUUAUUCUAUUUUAGCAGCAGUAACAAUGGUUCGGUGAGCCAAGGAUGUGUUUGGAGUGAACUCUUAGGUCCAUUUUAUACCACUGGGUUUGUUACAAUUGAACUGCACUGGAUUUUUUCUUAAAGAUGUGUCUCUGUUUUGCUAACUAAAGCAUUUUAUACAUUUCUUUGAGAGAAUGCCAUUGCACACAGAAUUCUACAGUGUCCAAAGCAAGGGAAAAGCUGUUUGAUAAAUAGGUGUUUUGGCUGUCAAGAAUUGCACCCAUUAAACAACAUUGUAAAUUACCUGGUUAAAAAACAUUUGCUGUCUUUAGUUUUUCACUGUAACAGCUAAAGAUAGUUUAAAAGUCACUUUGAAUGUAGACAUGUUUUUAAGUUAUAGGGUGAAAGCUCAACCCAUUGUGAACGUUUAAACUAAGUUAGAAACUUGCAAACUUAAAGUGAGAUUGGAUUACAAACUGUAGUGUUACUAAGGCAGCAUUAUUUAAAUACCAACUAUGAAGUCAGGAUAUUCAAAUAUUCAUAUCAUCAGAUCUGAUCACAAGAAAUCUUCUUCAGGGUUUCCAUGGACUUUUUGGUGCUAACACUGGGCAGAGAAAAUGAAAAGGGAAAGGAUAGGAUGUUAAAGCUCUAUCUUUGCUGCUGCACUGCCAACAAAAUUGUUAUUGACUUCGGAAAAAAUGGAUAUUCUGCAGGGCAGAGCUAUACCCACAAAGCAAAGCACCAAGGUGAGCAUCUGAAACAUGCUCACUGGAAUCUGUGGCUUGACUAGACAUCGUUAAAAUUCCUGUAAAAUAAACACAACCCAAAAUUGCUCCAGAAGCAAUCAAUCCCAUGAGAGAAAAAUGUCUUGGUGAUUUUUUAGAGUGAGUCACAAAUUAGAAGAUGAUGAACUCUGUUGAGGGGUAGAUCGUAGGUGGAAAAGUGGAAGAAAGAAAGAAAGCUAGAGAAAGAAAAGAGAGUCCUUGAUUUUACAGGGACACUGUGUUGUUUGUAGAGCUGCCCUGAAGAUUCAGAGAUGACAGUUCCUUUGUUACUGCAGAGGCAAUGUAAUUAAUUGUCCAAAUGUCACUGUCUUGAGCCAUCUGGGGCUGUUGGAUAUUUUCAGACAAGCACUUUAAAAAGGUUCUUUCAUAAUGUCUUUUGAUUGGAUUCUGGGGAUCCAGUAGUCCCAGAAUCAUACCUCUUCCUGUCUCAUAAACCCUAUUGCUAUGUCCAACAGGACAGAGCAAAAGAGAAGUUUCAAAUCAAAUACCUCCAUGGUGAGAAUUAUCAAAUGCAAUCAAAUAAAAAUCUGUGGGCUGGAAAGCAAAUUUCAUCAGCACAUGGUUCUCCAACAACAUCAGAUAUAGUAAUUCCAUUAACAUUCAGAAACAUCUCAUGGAGGUAUUCUUUGGUGGUAUUCUAGGUAUUCUGUCCCAGAAGCCUUGACCAGAUUUCUUGACUUGGGCCAAAGACCAGAAUAAGGGUGACAGUGAAGCAGAGGAAAGUGAAUAGAAGAGUUCUGGUAAGAGAUUUGAGAAUUAGAGAGAAAGAGAUUGAGGAACAGAAAUUUCUUUACAUUCUUUCCAUUUUGGGUUUCAAAUUAGCUCUGAGGCAAGUCACCAUUAUCCUACCUGACUCAGUAACUUAGGUAAAUGAAAUCCCAGGACAGGAACACUGGCCUGACAUUCAGCCCAAGGAGGCUGACAUCAGGACACCCAAAUAUAUUGGAGGUUAAAGCUUAUUUAUUCUGUGUCUGCAGAGGCACAGAGAGGGAUAGUACUGUAUUUUAGGGCACUGAGUUGCAGCUCUUGAGGCUUCUGCAUUACUCUGGCUCCAGAAAAAAGACUGCAACAAUUUAUCUGUUUUUUAGAUCAGGUUUCCGCUAGGCUCCGGUUUCCGAGUUGGGCUCUGGGAUUGUUGACUCCCAGAUCUGAAAAUCCAGAGAGUAAUCCAGAAUCUUGGAAAGAUUCUGAAAUAUCUCAUGGGCACAUGAAUAAUAAGCAUGAGGCAAAAAGAGUUACUGGCCUCUUAAUCAUCACCAGGUGCUCUACAUUGGAUUGUGAAUCAUAAGUUCAGUUGGGCCUUUUGGUGCUUUUGGUGGGGAAUGCCAAGCAAUGUUAGGAACCAAUGGGCAGACAGACAGGGACUGCGUAGUGACCACAAUAUGCUUUUGAUAGAACCAAAACCUAAUCCUUCCUGCCCAGGUGGGAGACUUGAGAGAUGGUGGAUGUGUGUUGAAUGAUGUUGCCUACGAACAGAACCAGUAGGGAUUUGAGUUUGUUUCCUCCUUUCUCUUCCUAAAAAUCAGCAGGUCUCCCAUCAGGCCCCUAGGCAAGUGUCCAAUUGCCUUCUGAGGUAGUCUGACACUGCUUAUGACUAAAAGACCAACUUCUUUCAACUAGAUUUUUUUGUCAAUAUCUCUAGCACCAAUACUUUGUACCUUCCUAUCAGGAGUAGAUUAAGGGAUUUGAACAGGAUUGAACCACAUCCUUAACUCAACUCCAGCAGUUUUCUUAGCUGUCUUGCUUGAGAAUUUCACUUAUACUGUUUUUCUUGACAAUUCCUAUUCAGGUUCAAAAUGAUGUCUCACCAACAUUUUAAGAAAAAGAAACCACUACAUGAAUGUAUCACAAGCACAAUUAUCUUCACACUGUCUGAAUGUGCAUGAACAAUGUACCAAAGUGUUGAGCAUUUCACAGUGUUCAGCAAUAAAGGACUUGAAGAUGA